GACCUUCCAGGAACAAAGGGUAGGGGAAAGCCUGAUAAACACAGCAGGUGGGGGAUUUCCAGUGCAGCUGCUUAUAUAAACUGGAUGCCCUGUCCUUUUCCCCGUCUCCUGAUUCUGCUUCCUUGACUGCAGAGAUGGCUGCUGGUGUCCGUACAGGUUCACAGAAAUCAUUUCUUGUCAGUUGUUAAUGACCUGUGACAUUAGCUUAUGUAAGAAUAUAUGCUCUACGAAGAGAGCAUGCAAUGAGGGCAAUGCAUAACACAGAAAAGUGACAGUUCAAUGAAGAAAUGUUGGUGGCAUCUAGAUUGGGAAGGCAUUUUUGAAUGAAGCUUGAAAGAAGUCGUCCGAGGAUGUCAAGUGACAGCGUAGGAGUGAUGGUCUCUUCUCAGCAAUGGGAAUCAAUGACCUUCAUGGCCUACUUGGAAGACAGAGUGAAGAAGAUCAAUGAACACAUUCGGUCUAAGACCAAGGUUCCUGUGCUGGACCAGGUCCUCCAGCUGGGCUCGAAGACCCUAAAGCCCCACAGAACCCUGUCAUCUUACGGCAUUGACAAGGAGACCACCAUCCACCUCACCCUGAAGGUGGUGAAGCCCAGUGAUGAGGAUCUGACCUUGGUUUUGGUGGAGUCAGGUGAUGAGGGGCAGAGACACCAGCUCCAGGUUCGAAGGUCCAGCCCAGUGACCCAGGUGAAAAAGAUGAUCCAGAUGAAGACCGCUAUAAUCCCCAAAGAGCAGACCGUGACUUGCAAUGGAAAGAAGCUGGAAGAUGGGAAGAUCAUGGCUGAUUAUGGCAUCAGAAAUGGCCAUUUACUCUUCCUGGCAUUCAGCUGCAUUGGGGGGUAAUCGCCUGGGGACAGAAUACCUUAUUUCCUUUUACUUCUCACUUACUAACCACACCCUUUGAAAAUUUCCCAAAGUCAAUGAUAAAGAGAAAGAGAAAGAGAAGAUUUGGGAUGGACUGGGGAGGAAGACAGUAGAAUAUUUCUAACUCUUUGAUUCUUUGAUUCUAACAUGACUAAGUAGCAAAACUGCAUAUACUAUAUAUACUGAUAUAUUAUUACUGGAAAGUCCAUUAGAAAUAACCUUCAAAGCCAGCUUGCCAUUUAAUUCUUUCAUGGUUCCCUCUGAUUCAUAGAAAAACUAUUUCCUUUUCCAACAAACAAGACAGUGAGUUUUAGGUCAGCAUCUGUGUUCUUCUAAUGACUGUGUCUGCAUCUGUUUAGUCCAGUGCUGCUUCUAUCAUAUCACUCAAUAAUCCUUGAACCAAACUGACUUUCUACUUAUAGAGAAUAGUGAAAUGAUGUGUUAUGAAGUGAAUGAUUUACGCUGACAUGGUUACAAUCUUAUUAAUAAAUAAUUUAGAAAUUCAA